AACGCUUUCCAAAUUUUCAAUUAACACUGAAAAUCGCUCUAGGGUUUUAUCAGGGUACAAAGCGAACCGCCAAUCCGAAAUGGCCAUUCAGCCUGAGAAACAGUUAUAAUGAAGUACUUCACCAACAUCCAAAACCCCCCCGAUCACUGAAAAUGGAAAACCCAGACAACACAAAAGCCACAAGAUCACCACCACCUUCGCCGCCGCAACAACCAGAACCCAAGAAGCUCAAAAUGUCCACCACCACCACCGACGACGAAGAAGCCGCCGCCACCCAAAAGCAACGCAUCAAACGCCGCAAGGUCGCAAUCUUCUUCGCCUACUGCGGCGUCGGAUACCAAGGAAUGCAAAAGAACCCCGGCGCCAAAACCAUCGAAGGCGACCUCGAAGAAGCCCUCUACCUCUCCGGCGCGGUUCCCGAGCAGGACCGCAACAACCCUAAGCGUUAUGACUGGGCCCGCUCGGCCCGUACCGACAAGGGCGUCAGCGCCGUGGGCCAGGUCGUAUCGGGCCGGGUCUAUGUCGACCCGCCGGGGUUCGUGGACCGCCUCAAUUCGAACCUCUCCCCUCAAAUUCGGAUAUUCGGGUACAAGCGCGUGACGGCGUCGUUUAAUGCGAAGAAGUUCUGUGAUCGGAGGAGGUACGUUUAUCUUAUACCUGUGUUUGCUCUUGAUCCUAGUGCCCAUAGGGAUAGAGAGAGUGUUAAGGCGAGUUUGGGGUCUGAUGAGGAGUUUGUGAAGUGCUUGGAGUGCUCCGAUAGGGGGCGGAAAGUCGGUGGAUUGAUGGGUAAGCGCACUUAUGAAUUGAGAGGUGAUAGUUCGAAUUCGGAAUCGGUAAAUGGAGGAAUUAGCACAAAUGAUGAUUCUCAUAUGAAAAACGACAUUGCCAAUGAUAUUGGGGUUUCUGAAGUUGAGGUGGUUGCCAAUGCGGAUAUGAACUCUGAGGUCAAUGGAGAAGACAAGAAGGCUGUGAAGGGAAGUGGGUUUUGUUAUGGUGAGAAGGAGAAGGAAAGGUUUAAUAGAAUCUUGAGUUGUUACCAGGGUACUCACAACUUCCAUAACUUCACCACUAGAACUAAGGCUGAAGACCCUGCUGCAACGAGAUACAUUAUUUCGUUCACUGCAAAUACCACGGUAACAGUUGAGGGUAUUGAAUUUGUGAAGUGUGAGGUCGUGGGGCAGAGCUUCAUGCUUCAUCAGAUUAGAAAGUUAAUUGGGCUGGCAGUGGCAAUCAUGAGGAACUGUGCUCCUGAGUCAUUGUUAGAAAGAGCUUUGCAAAAGGAUGUUAACGUCAAUGUGCCUACGGCUCCUGAGGUUGGUUUGUACUUGGAUGAGUGCUUCUUCUCAUCAUAUAACCAGAAAUGGGGAGACACUCAUGAAGAAGUGUCGAUGAAAGACUAUGAAGCAGAGGCAGAAGCUUUCAAAAUGAAGCAUAUUUACACUCAUAUUGGAGCCACUGAGCAUAAAGAAGGUGUUGUGGGUCUCUGGUUGCACUCUCUUAACCGCCGCAAUUAUCCGGAUUUAGGUGCUGACAACAAUGGAGACACCAGCAUCGAAAGGACUGCUGAUAUCUCCAGUGCUGACAACAAUGGGGAUACCAGCAAUGGAAAGACUGCAUAUAUCGCCAGUGCUGACAACAACGGAGACACCAGCAACGGAAAGACUGCCAAUAUCUCCAGUGCUGACAACAACGGAGACACCAGCAACGGAAAGACUGCUGAUAUCUUCAGUGCUGACAACAACGGAGACACCAGCAUUGAAAAGACCGCCGAUAUCUCCAGUGCUGACAACAAUGGGGAUACCAGCAAUGGAAAGACUGCGUAUAUCGCCAGUGCUGACAACAAUGGAGACACCAGCAAGGUUGAUAUCUCCAAUGUCGCCCAGUAACUUCUUUCGGAGACGAUCAGAUUUCUUCCAUGUACGCUUUUACCUUUCUUCAGUAUUUACAACUGAGUGAACUGACUAUUAGCAUACCCAACCUUUCACCUCUUGUAGGAAAAAAUGUAUUCCAUUUUCCUUCACAAUUUAGUGGUUUUUGUGGAGCUGCAUUGUAAUUCUUCCCCUAAAAUCUUUUAUGUACCACACAAGAAUUUCAAAGCUUAUUGCUUAAAAUUA